AUGAAGUUCAUUACUAUCAUUUCCCUGGUCCUGUUCACCACUCUCACGUCCGCCGCCGCAAUCCGGAGAGGCCCAGUUUCCGUAGUAGAUGUCACAUCUCUGGUCCCUAGGUCCAGCACUACUAGCAAUGUCCUCAAACCCAUUAAUCUCGACGCCUUCAAAUCCGCCAUAGGCAUCUCCGUACGAGACACUGUCGACUUCUCGCGCCUCGACCCUGCCUCCCAAGCCGAGCUAAUGUUCGGCUCGCCAGGUAAUAAUGGGAGUAGUGUUCUCCUUGCAAAUAUGACCCUCUAUGCGCCAGACGGGCAGCAGAUCGUCAUGAUGGAGAGUUUCGAAGGCCUUACAUCUGCGGUGGACUGCAAAGGUGACGAUGGAACUAUGUCCUUGACUUUCACGUCGAAGGAGGCGUUUGAUGCUGCGGUUGAUAAGUGGAGCUUUAUCAAUGAGGAUGAGGAUGGUAGCUUCUUGCUUAUUGCGAACCAUGAUGGGUGUGGGGAUGCGGAUCAAAGACAGGCUUAUACUAUUUCGAAGAUCGAUAAUGAGGAGGCAAGUUUGAUGACCAUCCUCACGGCCAAGGUUACUCCGUGGUCUGAAAUCGCUGGGACCUUUGAUUUGGACUUUGGAAGUGCUACCGUGUCACCAGGAGCUGCUAGGCGUUUGAUGACGCGUGGCUUUAGUGACUUUAUGGAUGGAGUCGUGAAUGGCGUGAAAGAUGUUGUUGAUGGUGUUGGGGACGCUAUCACAGGUGGCGGUGAUGACGGGAGUGAUGGUUUAAUCGGCGUUGUUGAUGAUAUUUUGGAGGAUAUCGGAAAUGGGGAUGUAGUGUUUGAUGUAUCUUCCGGUACUCCAGGGGAACGAUUCAACGUCCUUACGGAUCCUACCAACCCCACAAAUCCCGCUCUAGUCCUCGACUGCCUCGAUUGCUACAUCACAGGCAAAUUCAAGCUCGUCGGCAAGGUCUCUGUCGAGCAGUUCAAUGUGAAAGCACUCAUCAUUGAUGCCAGCCCGCAAGACUUCAACACCACAAUGAAACUCAAUGCCGCAAUCGCUGCCUCUGUCGCUGCCCCCACCAGUUUAAAUCUUACCAAAGAGAUUGUUAGCUUCCCCGUUCCCGCCGCCGGGAUCGUCAUCCCGGGUAUCUUCGAGCUCGGCACGGUAAUGACCUACGAAGUCGCGGUAGAGUCUAGCAUUGCUGGCACUGCAAACUUCACCUUUGGGCUACAGAGCACGGUCCCAAACGGCGCAAACAUCGUUGUCGAUCUCGCCAACAUUGAUUCCAGCACCGCAACUGGGUUCGAGGCCGCAACAUUUGACCCUAUCUUUGAAUUUGGAAGCGGAUCGGUGACGACGAGCGUUAUGGCCAUAUCACGUCCCAAGCUGACCUUUGGCGUCGAAGUUGUUGGUGUCGGAAAGCUGGAGGUUGGAUUGAAUCUUGGACUGCCUAAAGUUGGCGUUGAUUUGACAACGAAAUACAAUGAGACUGGGGCCUGUGAUGGUUCGUCGUCAAAGACGGGUUUUGGAGUUGAGUCCAAGAUUUUGUUGGAUCUGGAGGUGAGCUUAAAUGGGAAGUUUGGCCCUGGCUCGAUCAUUGACGCUGGGACGCUUUAUACUGUUAGUUUAUUGAAGUACGAGAAGUCGAUCUUCGAAAAGUGCUUUCCAUUUGAUAUUCCGGGCCUCAAUAGCACAGCAACCAGCUAG